AAAGAUUUCAUUUUUUUUUUCUGGGAGGCGGAUUUUUCAUAUUGGAGCUGAAAGAUUAUUUCAGAUUCUUUAUUUUGAUUUUUCUUCAUCUGGGGCACAUUGCAUUUCGAGGGUUGAAGCCUAGAACACGUCUUUGUGUGCAUACAUAGCUGUAGAAAAAAAGGGCUAUGUGUGUUAUUUUUCAGGUUGAUCCAAAUGAGAAGGGCUGAAAAAAUGGGUUUGGGUUAAUAAUGGUUAAUUUGAGAGAAAAUGGACACCAGAUUUGUGGCCCUCUUUGUUGCUUUUGUAUGUGUUUUUGCAGCAAAUAAUUCUGAAGGAAGGAAGAAAUUAGCACAGAGCUGUGUAGACGAUGGAGCUUCUUUGGAUGCCGAAGAAAUUAACAAAUACACGGCUGUACAAGCAACGGACCAUUGUAUAAACGAGCUGCAUGACAAUUCAGUAUCUCCUAAGAACCAAGAUUCGAAAUUACACCAAACGAAAACCUUCAUGAAUGAAGAAACUAUCAUCAACUGCAGUGGUACAGAAGAAAACUUUCUCAUGUCAAUUGACAAGCAAUCGUUUUUGUCUAGAAAUCUUUUUUCAAUUUCCGAGCGCAUUCCGAGAAGGUACCUUAGGCACAGGAACCGAAGGCAUCAUCGGUUUGUGGCAAAAGCUUCGGGCCCAGGCCCCACAUUUCAUACCCUCUCUCUCUCUCCCUCUCCCUCUCUAUCUCCUUCUCUCUCUCCCUCUCUCUCUCCCUCUCUCUCCCCCUCUCUCUCUCCUUCUCUCUCUCCUUCUCUCUCCCCCUCUCUCUCUCCUUCUCUCUCUCCUUCUCUCUCGCCCUCUCCUUCCCCUCAGGCGGACAUCAAUCAACCUUCAACAUUGCCGGAAAAUGUGUUGCCUAGCCAGAGGUCACGUGACAACAAUAAUGAUAAUGAUAAUAAUAAUCGGAAGUAUAUGUUUGCUGGCUUAAUAGUGGCGAUUUCGGUUUUGGGACUUAUAACCAUAGCUCUAUUGUUAUUCAUCUGCCUGAAGAGGAAGAGAAGAGUCGAGCCGAAGGAGGGGCAGAGAGAUGAGAAGCCUCUCCUCAACUUUACCAUCAGCAGUAUUUCGGCAGGUUCUUCCGGCAACAACUUGAGUAACCCGAGCAGCAAAAAUCUUGCUAAGGUCCCUCCGACCACCAGCGGCUUAUCGCCGGCCGCUAAUAAUCCCGAAGAAUCUCAUGCAGAAGGGGAAAACGUAUUAAACGCUUUGCCACUUCCUCCGGGAAGAAAACCACCGCCGGCUGCCCCACCCAGGCCACCGCCGCCACCUCCUCCGGCCAAACCGCCAGCUCCGGCAGCUCCACCGCCGCCUAAGAUUGGUCUCCGGCCAACACCCCCCAAUCCAUCCCCUCUUGGGCCCCACCACCACCGGCAAUCUUCCACAGCUGAGGCAAGCAAUGGCUCGGAUGAAUCUGAAGCUCCGAAAGCUAAGUUGAAGCCGUUUUUUUGGGAUAAGGUUCUUGCGAGCCCGAAUCACUCGAUGGUGUGGCACGAGAUUAAGGCUGGCUCGUUUCAGUUCAAUGAGGAGAUGAUGGAGAGUCUCUUUGGAUAUACACCUGCUGCUGAUAAAAACAAGAACGAGCACAAAAACGACUCGUCUUCAUUCAAUUCUCCUCAGUUUAUUCAGAUUAUUGACCCGAAAAAAUCGCAAAACUUGGCGAUCCUUCUAAAAGCAUUGAAUGUGACGACAGAAGAAGUCUGUGAUGCUCUCAAAGAAGGCAAUGAGCUCCCUUCAGAACUCGUCCAAACUUUGCUUAGAAUGGCACCAACAUCAGAUGAAGAAUUGAAACUUCGAUUAUACGGUGGAGAUAUCUCUCAACUGGGUCCAGCCGAGAGGUUCCUCAAGAUCAUGGUCGAUAUCCCGUUUGCCUUCAAACGCCUCGAAGCUUUGCUCUUCGUGGCGUGCAAGGAGCUCAGGAACAGCCGCCUGUUUCUGAAGCUUCUAGAAGCUGUUCUGAAAACGGGCAAUCGCAUGAACGACGGCACGUACCGCGGCGGAGCACAAGCGUUCAAGCUCGACACUCUCCUCAAGCUCUCGGACGUUAAGGGCACGGACGGUAAAACGACACUCCUCCACUUUGUAGUCCGAGAGAUUAUCCGCUCGGAGGGCAUUCGAGCCGCCCGUCGCCUCCAAGAAAGCCGAAGCUUGUCGAGCGUGAAAACCGAGGAUCUCUAUUUAGACAACCCUUCAAAUGAGUCGGAGGAUUACCACCGGGCCCUCGGGCUUCAAGUCGUGUCCGGGCUAAGCAGUGAGCUCAAGAAUGUGAAGAAAGCUGCACUUGUCGAUAACGAGAGCUUAAUCGAGACUGCACAUCGACUCGGGCUGGCCCUCGAGCAAACCAAGAUUUUUCUGGAGGCGGAGAUUAAAGGGGUUGAAGAAGAAGAUGGAGGGUUUCGAGAGGCGCUGACUGGAUUCGUGGGCCAGUGUGAGUCGGAUAUUAACUGGCUUAAAGACGAGGAACGUAGGAUCACGGCGCUGGUGCGCAGCACGGGGGAUUAUUUCCACGGGAGGGCCGGGAGGGAAGAGGGGUCCCACCUUUUUGUGAUCGUGCGCGAUUUUCUGCUGAUGCUGGACAAGGCUUGCUUGGAUGUGAAGAGCUCGUCGAGGAUGAAGGCAGAGCCAAGGAAGGAGACAGCAGCUGCCGAACCUGCCACGUCAGCGUCUGCUGUUUCGGAGUCACCAAUCGAGAGUCACCGGAGACUGUUCCCCGCGAUGAGGGAGCGCCAGCUGGACGAUGAUUUCAGUUCGGAUGACGAAAGUUGA